AGAGGCAGGACCUCCGCGGGAAAUUUUCCUUUUUGCAUCCUCAGGGGUCCUAGGAUGUGGUGCGGAAGAACCUGCCUCCCACACCCACCCAGAUCCUUCAGACUCCCUUGGCCCCAAGGGGAACCUUCUCGACUUCCACAUCCAGGGGCCGCUAUUGGACUCCAGAUUCCUGUAACUUGCUGUAUCUCAGACCUGGCGUCCUGGCCCAGGGCCUCGGGUGCAGUUGUCUGGCCCCGCCCUCACUGGUCAUCCUGGGCUGGGCCAGGCGGGAUAUAAACCAGCGAGUGCUUCGGUGCCCUGCACUUGGAAUAUCUCCCAAGUCGGAGCUCACAGUCUUUGGACUUCUUUGCCCUGCCCCAGAGGUCGCCCUAGCAACCAGCAUCUCAGCCAAUCAGCACUCGGGACUGCUAGCACUGUGGGAGCUAUGGAGGUCAGAAGAGCCCUGAUUGUACUGGCCCACUCCGAGAGGACAUCCUUCAACUACGCCAUGAAAGAGGCUGCUGCAGAGGUUCUAAAAAGGAAUGGAUGGGAGGUGGCCGAGUCCGACCUCUAUGCCAUGAACUUCAAUCCCAUCAUUUCCAGAAACGACAUCACAGGUAAACUUAAGGAUCCUGAGAAAUUCCAGUAUACUGUCGAAUCUUGUCUAGCGUAUAAAGAAGGCUGCCUGAGCCCAGAUAUUGUGGCUGAACAAAAGAAGCUGGAAGCUGCUGACCUUGUGAUAUUUCAGUUUCCACUGCAGUGGUUUGGAGUCCCUGCCAUACUGAAAGGCUGGUUUGAGCGAGUGUUGGUAGGAGAGUUUGCCUAUACAUAUGCUGCCAUGUAUGACAAGGGGCCUUUCCGGAAUAAGAAGGCCAUCCUUUCCAUCACCACUGGUGGUAGUGGCUCCAUGUACUCCCUUCAUGGUGUCCACGGGGACAUGAACAUCAUUCUCUGGCCAAUUCAGAGUGGUACUCUGCAUUUUUGUGGCUUCCAAGUCUUAGAACCACAACUGACAUACAGCAUUGGGCACCUUCCACCAGAUGCCCGAGCUCAGGUCCUGGAAGGAUGGAAGAAACGCCUGGAGAACAUUUGGGAUGAAACACCACUGUAUUUUGCUCCAAGCAGCCUCUUUGACCUGGACUUCCAGACAGGAUUUUUAUUGAAAAAAGAGGUUCAAGAUGAGCAGAAAAACAAGAAAUUUGGCCUUUCUGUGGGCCAUCACCUGGGCAAGUCCAUUCCAACUGACAACCAGAUCAAAGCCAGAAAAUAAGAUUCAAUAAGACUUGAUUUCUAGGAUUUUUUUUCUUUUAGUUUCAUGGAUUGCUUUAGUUUUUAAGAUUUAGAUUUUUCUCUUUUUCCCCCACAAAGAAUGAAAAGAAGAAAUAGACUGCAUUUAAAAUAGACUGCAUUUAUAUAUUUUUUGGAUCAUCUUUCUAUUAUAUGCAACUGAUUCUUAAUGGUUGUUAUCAUGACAUAUAACCAAAAUAUGAUUAGGUGCCAGAAGCCACUUGGAAUGUAGAGAGAAAAGUAUAGAUACAUGGUAGAUACUAGAAAAUAUUCUUUUUUUUUUUUUAAAGAG